AUGAAAGGAGAGUUUAAGAGAAAGGGCCUGUCCACCAGUGGUAGUGGUGAGACAGGUGACAUUGGCGCCCCAGCAGAAAGAUAUGAGGAAGUGAAUGAGUUAGUUAAGCAAUUAGAAGAAAAUCUCUUUAUGAUAAGAGGUGGAAACUAUAAUUUUAAAACAUAUGAUGGGAAAAAUAAGGGUGAGGAGGCAGAGAAGUGGCUCCAACAAUUUUUACCCUACAUAUCAAGAUGGAAAGAUGAAUUAAUUUUAUCAUAUAUAGCAGUUAGUUUAGAGGGAAGAGCAGGUAUCUGGUAUGAAGGAGCCAGAGGAGAGGAGAUUAACAAUUAUCAGGAAUUCGAGAAGGAAUUUCGAAGGAUAUUUUGUAAGAAGACGGAAUAUCAAACAGGUGAGCUGUUUAAAUUGUUAAACACAACAAUUUCUCUUAAUAAUAUUUUCGAACACUUUUCAAAGAUUAGAAAUGUGUGGAAGAAGACAAAUAUUGGAUUUGAAGAAGUUCAUCAAGAAAUACUAAAAAAUUUUAGUGGUUGGGUUGGGACAGAAUUAGAAAAUGUCAAGAAUUUUAAAGAGUUAUUGGAUAAAGCCUUGGAAGUGGAGGAGAAGUAUGUGAAAAAUAGUAAGAGGAGAAUAGGACAAAAAUUAACAGAAGAAGGUCGAGGAAAAGAUAAAAAAAAUGCAACUAUUACUAGUAAAACUUUGGAUAGGAAGAAUAAAAGUAUAGCUUGUUAUGUUUGUGCAGGCCCCCAUUAUGCUUUUUCCUGUCCGCGACGAAGAGAUAAAUUAUCAAAUUCCUCUGGAAAUAAUAAUGAGAGAAGAGAAUCACGAGUAGUUGAUUCACCUCGAAGAAAAGAUCAGAAUUCAAAUAAUACAGAAGUAAAAGAGUUGAAUUCUACUGAAAUGAAAACUAUAUUAAUUGAGGAUGGAGAUGUUGCUGAAGAAGGAUUAUAUCUUGAUAUAGAGUUAAAUGAACAAAGAAUAUCAGCUUAUUUAGAUAAUGGUGCUGAUAGAGGGUAUAUUGAUCGGUUAUUUGCUUUGAACAAUAAUUUUAAGUUAGAAGAAACUGGUAGAGAAAUGGAGGUAAGCUUUGCUAAGGAAAAAGAAAGGAUAAAAGAAGUGAAAGCGAAAGGAAACAUUAUUUAUGAAGGGAAAAUAAAAAAUCUCGAGUUUACUGUUGUAGAUGAUCUAAAUGAAAAUCUUAUUUUUGGACGAACAAUCUUUAAUGCUUUAGGAAUCGAUAUUUCUUAUAGGGAUCAAGUGGUGAGAAUAGGAGAGGACUAUACCAUUCCAUUUACUGAUUGCGUAAGGUCUAGAAUCAAGGUUAAGAAAGAUAUAACGUUAAAACCUCAGGAAGUAUGUGUAAUUGAGAUUGAAUCUCCAAAUAGGAUGGGAUAUAUUGAAGGAGAAACGAAAGAGGUACAAACUGCAGAAGCAACUAUAGUAGGACCUACUACUACUUCUAUUCCUGUUGUUAAUGUUACUAACCGAGAAGUUAAACUUGCUCGUGGGUUGGAUCCUUUAAAAUCUGGGAUAGUGAUUAAGGAGAUUGAUAAAUUACUUAAGGAAGAUAAGAUACAAGAAAGUAAUAGCCUUUGGAAUUCUCCGAUCGUAAUGGUAAGAAAAGCUGAUAAAAGUUAUAGAAUGUGUAUAGAUUUCCGUAAAAUUAAUGAAAUUACCGUGAAGGAACUUACACCACCACCUUUGUUAGAGGAUUGUUUAGAUUGUUUAGUGAAAGCUAGAAUAUUUUCUGUCAUUGAUCUUAAAGAUGGGUAUCACCAGAUAUUGUUAGAUCAGUGUUCAAGAAAAUAUACUGCAUUUACAACACCAAUAGGGAAAUUUGAGUUCAAGAGGAUGCCAUUUGGAUUAACAAAUGCCCCCUCAACCUUUCAGAAGUAUAUGAACAGCAUCCUAAGCAGAGUGGCGAGGUGGCUUAUGUUUUUAUCAGAAUAUGAUUUUGAUAUUGUUUAUAAUCCUGGAAGUAAAAAUAAUGCUGCAGAUACUAUGUCUAGGAUUUGUACUAUUAGUUUGAGUAAUAACUAUCUAUUGAAUGAAGAUGGUGAGGAAAAGUUGGGUGAGGAGGAAAAGGUGAAACAGAUACAUAAACUUCUAGGUCAUGCUGGAAUUGAGUCUACGUAUUUACAGUCUACAGAUUAUUGCACACGUUGGUGUGAAGCCAUAGCUGUUAAAAAUAAGGAAGCUAAGAUUGUAGCAAAGUUUCUUUUAGAUAAAAUUGUUCUUAGAUAUGGACCACCUAAGAUUAUUAGAUCUGAUAGGGGAACAGAGUUUCUAAAUGAAGUUAUCAAAGAACUAAAAGAAGUAAUGAAAAUAAAAUGGUCAUAUACAUUACCAUACAACCCACAAGCGAAUGGAUUGGUAGAAAGAACCAAUCAAAGUAUUAUUCGUAAGCUAAUUAUGAUCAGAGAGAGAAAUCCAGGGAAGUUAGAACCUAGAUGGUUUGGCCCAUUCAUUGUUAGUGAGAAAUAUAUGAAUGGUGGUUAUAAGGUUAGAUCAUUGGAAAAGGAUGUGGAAUAUGUAUUGACAAGAAAGGAUUUGAAGAAAAUAGGAGAAGAGGAUAGGUAUGACUCUAUUUUGUUGGACCAGGAGGAAUUUAAGGGGGAAGGAAUGUUGCCGGAUAAAGUGGUAUCGAAACCACAUAUUAUCCUCAACCCCCAUUCCUAA